AAGAAAAUGAUUCUUGACACAUUUGAUCACUAUUAGACAUUAUUUGUAUUCUAGUUUAAGGAUAUGGCUUCUUUUGAAUGUGGAAGGCCAAUUAAGACAGAGGAGGUCGAAUCUGUUGAUGAUGAAGUUCCUUUUCAAAAACAUGAGGUAAAAUCUGAACCGAGUGAAGCUGAAAUGUUCAGUAAAUGUGAAAGAAAUGGCGAUGCCUCUGAUACUAACAUGCCUACCAACGAUUUGGACGAAAACGAUGAGUUUAAAGUGGAUAUGCCUAUAGAUAAAUUCGACCCAGAACAAAUCGACAGUGAAGAUAAUUUUUUCAUUCCUCACCCUGAUAUCAAAUUUGUAAAGUGCGAGAAUAGAAUAACAGAAGGUUCCAAUGUAAAAGCAUGUGAAGGAGAAUUAUUCAACCAUGAAAAUGGAUCCAUUAAUAGGCGAAACCAUAAUGAGUCCUAUGGCGAACUAGUUGAAAAUAUAACUAAGGAUUUAACGCCUUCUGUUGUUUUCACAACGGAUACUGGAAACAUCUUUGUUGAAACAAAGAAGGAAACUUUCACUGUGAAGAAGGAAGAGAUUUUCACUGAAAAUGUUCCAUCAGCUCAAGAUGAAAUGAAGUUUGCUGUUGAUAGUGAACAUGUUGUAAAACAUGAGAUGGUACCAACAACAGAGAGAAAUAAUGAAGAAUACAAUUCUGCAAUCUGUUCAAAUUCAAAUACCAGCGAAAAACUUCAUAGUGGAGAAAAACCAUUUCAGUGUAAAAUAUGCUCAAAAUCAUUCGCUAAAGCUGAUGCUUUGAAAUACCAUGAAAAAUUGCAUACUGGUGAAAAACCAUUUCAAUGUCAAAUAUGCUCAAAGUCCUUCGUUCGAAAUAAUCGAUUGAAAUAUCAUCAAAAAAUUCAUACGGGCCAAAAACCAUUCCAGUGUAAAUUCUGCUCAAAAUCUUUCAUUCAAGAAAGUACUUUGAAAUACCAUGAAAAGACACAUACAGGUGAAAAGCCAUUUCAGUGUAAUAUCUGCUUAAAAUCAUUCAUUAUAGCUAGAGAUUUGAAAUACCAUGAAAAAAUUCACACUGGAGAGAAAGCAUUUCAGUGUAAAAUAUGCUCAAAGUCAUUCAUUCGAAAUAGUGAACUAGUUAAACAUGAAAGAACUCAUUCUGGUGUAAAACCGUUUCAGUGUAAAAUUUGCUCAAAAUCGUUUAUUGAAAAGGGUGCUUUGAAAUGCCAUGAAAAAACUCACACUGGGGAAAAACCAUUUCAGUGUAAAAUAUGCUUAAAAUCAUUUACCCGAGGUAGUUCUUUGAAAUCACAUGAAAAAAUUCACACUGGUGAAAAACCCUUUCAGUGUAAUACAUGCUCAAAGUCAUUCUUUCGAAGUAGUGAAUUAUUCAAACAUGAAAGAAUUCAUUCUGGGAAAAAACCAGUUCAGUAGGGUAUGCUCAAAAUCAAUUAUCCAAAAAAGGAAUUUGAAAUUAUAUGAAAUACAGGGAAAAAAUUCCAUGUAGAAUCUGACGAAAAUAGUUUAUUAAAACAAAGAGAUAGUUCAUUGACCUUCACAGAUGCAAUGGCAUUAUAAUAGUUUACUGAUUUUGCUCUUUUUAACUUCUAAUAGUUUUAGGAGUUUUCCACAAUCUUAUGUAUUUAUAUAAAUAAAUAAUACAGACCAA